AGAAAUGGCACCGAUAUGCUGGGCAGCAAAGUGAGUCGACGUCGGGCACAGUAACGACGUCAGCACGCCCUCUAGUGGCAAUGAUGCCACGCUGUCUUCUAAGCGGUUUCCAGGAUUAUUUGAGGAAAGAAAAAAGCAUUGAACCAAAACUAGAAUGGGGGGACUCGUCAGCAGCUGUGUCACCUGGUCUCAUCAGGGGGAGGAAGAGGUUAACGACGGAGCUCCACCACCACGCAGCUUGGCGUCUAUCGACAGAGAAGGCAAACAGGAUGGACUUUGCCUCGACUCCCUACAGAGUCUUUCAGACAAUGGACUACGCAGCCCGCAAUGCCGAAUCUGCUUCCAGGGAUCCGAGAAGGGAGAGCUACUGAGCCCCUGCCGCUGCGCUGGCUCUGUGCGCUUCACUCACCAAGCUUGCCUUAUCCGCUGGAUCAGCGAAAAAGGUUCCUGGAACUGUGAGCUCUGCUACUUCAAGUACAGGGUCCGUUCUCUUUACACCAAGAACCCUCUGCAGUGGCAAGCGGUCUCGCUGUCCUUGAUAGAAAAAGUGCAGAUCUCAGCCAUCGUCCUGAGCACUGUGUUCCUCCUGACCAGCAUGGCCUGGCUCAUAUGGUCCGUUGUCAGUAUCGAAGCAAAAUGGCAGCGGCAGGACUUUGUAUUUCAGAUAUGCUAUGGCUUGUACGGCUUCAUGGACUUGAUUUGUACAGGACUUCUAAUCCAUGAAGGACCGUCUGUUUUCCGAAUCUUAAAGCGCUGGCAUACAAUCAACCAUCACUGGAAAGUUCUGAAUUACGAGAAAGAGAAAGACUUGGUUGACGCCGUCACUAACAGAAAGGUGGAAGGCGGCGAUGAAGACGCAGACGACGGACAGGAGGCGACUCGGCAAGUCAGGACUUCUGUACAACAACACUUGGGCAAUUCUGUUUCUUAUGUCCUCAACCAGCUAAGGCCUAAUAAUCUUCACCACGCCAACCAUGACGAGGUCAUGAGGGUAACCACUGUAUAAAUUACACCUGUAGCACACACACCACCAUUAUUUUCCCUUCCCUUACAACAGCUAACAUUUGCACACAGAAGCAAAUAUUUUGUCUGAAAACUCUUUAACACAUUGUUUAUUGUUUAUGAACUUUCCUUUUGCCGACAGGACCAAUGAUUGGCAAUUGUUUUAUGAAGAAAAGGAUGCAUUUUGUUGAAAAUUAAAGUUCAGUUAAUUAUUUUACUGACUGAAAUGGUUUGGCGAGUUCCAGUGCUCAUGGAUAAAUCAAUGAAAGGCCAAAUAAAACUUACGCUUUGACCAGAUGGCCUGAAAUAUGGCUUCAAUUUGUAAUCUUUAAUGUGAUUCAAAUGCCAAACAGGGAAACUGCCCAUUGGAAAGUACCAUAUGCUGCUAAAAUCAGACUUUCACAAUAAAAUAGAAUUUAAAACCAUCAAAAAUGUUAUAUUUUAAAUAACUACUAGACUUAUAUCUUUAAAAAACAAUUACAUUUACACUUAUUUACAUUUACACUCAGUGUAUUUAUACAGCCCUUAAAGGGGAACUGCACUUUUUGCUUUAUGGGGGAGUUUUACCUAUUCACAAUCAUGAUGAAAGACAUGACAACGGAUGUAUUUUCAUUCUAAAUAUUAAAUACAAGUCCAAAAGUCCACUUCCAAUGGAGCCUAUGGGAGCCGCUCUAUUCUGCCUUUAAAGCCCUCAUCCAAACCCCUUCAUUAAAAUUUUAUAUACCGUAUUUUCCGCACUAUAAGGCGCACCUAAAAACCUCAAAUUUUUUCAAAAGCUUACUGCGCCUUAUAAUCCGGUGCACCUUAUAUAUGGACCAAUAUUGAGCCACAACAAACCUAAACUUCAUUUUCAUAAAGUUUAGGUCUCGCAACUAUGGUAAGCAGCCGCCAACUUAUUUUUCCCCUGUAGAAGACGCGCUUCUAACCCAAAAAUGGCUCCUAUUAAGAGACACGCUUACGACGCAGAGUUUAAACUUAAGACGAUCAGUCACGCAGUAGAACACGGGAAUAGAGCAGCAGCGAGAGAAUUUAACAUAAACGAAUCAAUGGUGUUUAAUUCGGACACUGAAGAAGAAUUUGAGGGAUUCGUGGAUGAGGAAUAACUUCAUAAAGUGAGCUUUGCAUGUUUAUUUUGUGUGUUGUGUUGUAUGACAUUAACGUUUGAGCAACGUUGAGUUAUUGAUAUAUUGUUACUGCUCUGCACUAUUUCGAGUGUUACUAUAUUGUGAUUGCACUAACGUUUGAUUUACCGUAGCAGUAUCACUGUUUUUUACGUGUUUACUGAAUCGGAAAAGUUCCCCUCCACUAUGUGAUAUAAAUGUUGCACUACAUGUUAUACCUUGCUGUUGUUAAAAGAUAAACAAAACACCACGUCACUGACUUUACC